GCAGGCGGGCGGGAGUUCGGUGUGUGCGGAUCAGCUCGCUGUGUCCGGUCACCUCCGCGCCGCGAAGAUGGCCCAGAGACUGGCGCUCCAGCGGCUGCUGGCGCUCCCCACGCGGGGGCCCCUGGCAUCCCACGGCAGGGCCUUUGGCACCUCAGCCGGCCGCAGGAGCACUUUCAACGUGCAGGAUGGCAGCGACUUCCAGGACCGGGUGGUGAACAGCCCCAAGCCCGUUGUGGUGGACUUCCAUGCACAGUGGUGUGGUCCCUGCAAGAUCCUCGGCCCCAGGUUAGAGAAGCUGGUGGCCAAGCAGGAGGGGAAGGUGCUGAUGGCCAAGGUGGACAUUGAUGAUCACACAGACCUCGCCAUCGAGUACGAGGUGUCAGCAGUGCCAACUGUGCUGGCCAUGAAGAACGGAGACGUUGUGGAUAAAUUUGUGGGCAUAAAGGACGAGGAUCAGCUGGAGGCAUUCCUCAAGAAACUCAUUGGAGCCUGAAGUAAAAGGGUGGCUGUACCUCUGCCUCUGGA